AUGUCAUACAGUGUCGAGACAAAAAAACACGUCCGGGGGAUAUCCGAUCACAUACUUUCGGAGCACAAGAUAUCAACAACGCCAGCGAUUACCGGAAUGGGACCCUUUACCACAGCCGUCCGUGUAUCUCUUUCAGCAAUUGAUGAUACAGUUCAUUACAGAAGCAAGGUCCCUGAUAGUACAACACCCUGUAACCAUGGCUGCUUUGCGGGAAAUAUGAAAGGAACAUCAAUAGUAGCCGAAAGAAAUCUCCGUGAGGUGAGAAUGGCACACAUAAUCUACGUAAUUUGA